GGAAAGGUGGUCUAAGUAGGAUGGACGGUCACGAUCAACCCAAAUUGCCAUCGGACGGUCCACAAGCAGCUGUCGUUGUUCAAUCGGACGGCCAAGGUGCCAGUUCCUCGGCAGAGAACAGCGAGAGAAAGGGCAAAAUAUUUGUUGGAAAUUGAGGGGAGCUGGAGUAAUCAGAGAAAAGAUUAAAUUCUUUUUAAUUGAUGAAUUUUAGUGAUUUAUAUGCAAUUAUCCCAUCAAUUUCUGUAAAGAAUUGGAGUUUGGCUCUGAAUCCGAUUAGAAUUUUUGCAAAUCUUUGAAAAUAAAAUUGAGGAGCAUAUCAAGUCCCGCAUCAGCUAGUGUUCCUAUGGGAGAGUUCCGUGGUCCUGAAUAUCGAGGCGUUGUCGAAGAAUCACCUCGAAUAUGCAACUCUCAAAAAGUAUCUAUCAUGCCACUCAUCUUCUUGAUAUUCUAUGAAGUAUCUGGUGGCCCUUUCGGCAUUGAGGAUAGUGUUAAUGCAGCUGGUCCUCUUUUAGCCAUUGCCGGCUUUCUGGUAUUCCCAUUCAUAUGGAGUAUUCCAGAGGCAUUGAUCACUGCCGAGCUAGGUACAAUGUUUCCCGAAAACGGUGGAUAUGUAGUUUGGGUUUCGUCGGCUUUGGGACCUUUCUGGGGGUUUCAGCUAGGCUGGAUGAAAUGGCUGAGUGGUGUGAUCGACAAUGCUCUUUACCCGGUUCUCUUUUUAGACUAUCUGAAGUCCAGUUUCCAUGUUUUGGGUGGUGGUUGGCCGAGGACUUUGGCAGUGUUAAUCUUGACUGCAGUUUUAACUUACAUGAAUUAUAGAGGCCUAACUAUAGUUGGAUGGAUAGCUGUUUUUCUCGGUGUUUUCUCAAUCCUUCCUUUCAUCAUCAUGGGCUUUGUCGCUAUUCCUAAACUGAAGCCUUCAAGAUGGUUGGUCGUAGACAUGAAGAAUGUUAACUGGAGUUUAUACUUGAAUACUCUGUUUUGGAAUCUGAAUUAUUGGGACUCUAUCAGUACUUUAGCAGGCGAAGUUCACAACCCGAAAAAAAUCCUACCGAAGGCACUCUUAUACGCAAUGGUUCUUGUAAUGGCAGGAUAUUUAUUUCCACUUCUUACAGGCACAGGAGCUAUUCCGCUCGAUCGAGAGCAGUGGGAAGAUGGCUAUUUCUCCCAAAUUGCAAUGGCCAUCGGCGGAGCUUGGUUGCGAUCAUGGUUGCAAGGAGCCUCAGCAUUGUCAAACAUGGGCAUGUUUCUCACAGAAAUGAGUAGUGAUUCAUACCAACUUCUUGGAAUGGCAGAGAGGGGGAUGCUCCCUGCAUUUUUUGGCAAGAGGUCUCGAUACGGAACUCCGCUUGUGGGCAUAUUGUUCUCUGCUUCCGGUGUGAUUUUGCUAUCAUGGAUGAGCUUUCAAGAGAUCGUUGCAGCAGAGAAUUUUCUAUACUGUUUCGGAAUGCUGUUAGAAUUUGUGGCUUUCAUAAGGUUAAGAGUGAAGCACCCGAGAGCGCAUCGACCUUAUAAGGUGCCUCUAGGAACAGCAGGUGUCGUUAUGAUGCUUAUUCCGCCUAGUGUUUUGAUAGUUGUGGUUCUGGUUUUCGCUUCGUGGAAGGUGAUGCUUGUGAGCUUGAUUGCAGUGUUCAUCGGAAUUGUGUUGCAACCAGGUCUCAAGUACAUCGAGAAGAGACAGUGGCUGAAGUUUUCAGUGAGCCCUGAUCUUCCUGUUUUUGUAGCUGCAGUGGAUGAUAAUAAUUUAAGUGACAGUAAUGUUCAAAACUCUGAUCAAAUUAACCAAUAGAAAGAAAAUGUGAUUCUAACAUAUAUGGUUUCUAUUCAUAAUCUAGUGAAAAAAUAGCCUACGGUGAUUUGUGAGUAGUUUGUUUGGGAUGUUGUGUGAGGGAGUCUGCAAUUCAAUCAGUUGGCUUUUUAU